CUGGUGACUGAUGUCGUAACCGGGGGGCGAGUGGGGGCAGCGACACGUCCCCCCCAGGGGAAAGCUCGAGGCUCCUUCGCGGGCAGUGCGAGGGAAAAGGAGACCCGAGAGCCCCUUAUCGUGGAGGAGCCCGCUUGGCCCGUGUCGGGGGACGGAGGCGAACUAUCUCCAAAUGCAGUACAGUGGUUUGGCCAGUUCCACUCAUCGAUGUUUAGACUGGUGCCUCGAAUUUGGAUUCUCUGUGACCAUUUUUGAUUUAAGGACCACAGUACAGCCAUGGAUAGUGAACCAAAUCCUGGAACCUCUUCUGCGUCGACAACCACCAACAGCAGCACCACCACCACCAUCACCACUUCCUCCUCUCGAAUGCAGCAGCCACAGAUCUCUGUCUACAGUGGUGCAGACAGGCACGCUGUGCAGGUAAUUCAACAGGCAUUGCAUCGCCCCCCCAGCUCAGCUGCUCAGUACCUUCAGCAGAUGUAUGCAGCUCAACAGCAGCACUUAAUGCUGCACACUGCAGCUCUUCAGCAGCAGCAUUUAAGCAGCUCCCAGCUUCAAAGCCUUGCUGCUGUUCAGGCAAGUUUGUCCAGUGGAAGACCAUCCACAUCCCCCACAGGAAGUGUCACGCAACAGUCAAGUAUGUCCCAGACAUCUAUCAACCUCUCCACUUCUCCUACACCUGCACAGUUAAUAAGCCGUUCCCAGGCUUCCAGUUCUACCAGCGGCAGUAUUACCCAACAGACUAUGUUACUAGGGAGUACCUCCCCUACCCUAACGGCAAGCCAAGCUCAAAUGUAUCUCCGAGCUCAAAUGCUGAUUUUCACACCCGCUACCACUGUGGCUGCUGUACAGUCUGACAUUCCUGUUGUCUCGUCGUCAUCGUCAUCUUCCUGUCAGUCUGCAGCUACUCAGGUUCAGAAUUUAACAUUACGCAGCCAGAAGUUGGGUGUAUUAUCUAGCUCACAGAAUGGUCCGCCAAAAAGCACUAGUCAAACUCAAUCGUUGACAAUUUGUCAUAACAAAACAACAGUGACCAGUUCUAAAAUCAGCCAACGAGAUCCUUCUCCAGAAAGUAAUAAGAAAGGAGAAAGUCCAGGUCUGGAAUCACGAAGCACAGCUGUCACCCGGACAUCAAGUAUUCACCAGUUAAUAGCACCAGCUUCAUAUCCUCCAAUUCAGCCUCAUCCUCUAAUAAAACAUCAGCAGAUUCCUCUUCAUUCACCACCUCCCAAGGUUUCCCAUCAUCAGCUGAUAUUGCAACAGCAGCAACAGCAAAUUCAGCCAAUCACACUUCAAAAUCCAACUCAAGACCCACCCCCGUCCCAGCACUGUAUACCACUCCAAAACCAUGGCCUUCCUCCAGCUCCCACUAAUGCCCAGUCACAGCAUUGCUCACCGAUUCAGAGUCAUCCCCCUCCUUUAACAAUGUCUCCCAACCAGUCACAGUCAGCACAGCAGUCUGUAGUGGUGUCUCCUCCACCGCCUCAUUCACCAAGUCAGUCUCCUACUAUAAUUAUUCAUCCACAAGCACUUAUUCAGCCACACCCUCUUGUGUCAUCAGCUCUCCAGUCAGGGCCAAACUUGCAGCAGUCCACUGCUAAUCAGGUGCAACCUACAGCACAGCUGAAUCUUCCGUCCCAUCUUCCGCUUCCAGCUUCCCCUGUUGUACACAUUGGCCCAGUUCAGCAGUCCACUUUGGUGUCCCCAGGCCAGCAGAUUGUGUCUCCAGCAUCACACCAGCAAUAUUCAACCCUGCAGUCCUCUCCAAUCCCAAUUGCAACCCCUCCGCAGAUGUCGACAUCUCCUCCAGCUCAGAUUCCACCACUGCCCUUGCAGUCUAUGCAGUCUUUACAAGUGCAGCCUGAAAUUCUAUCCCAGGGCCAGGUUUUGGUGCAGAAUGCUUUGGUGUCAGAAGAGGAGCUUCCAGCUGCAGAAGCUUUGGUCCAGUUGCCAUUUCAGACUCUUCCUCCUCCACAGACUGUUGCGGUAAACCUACAAGUGCAACCACCAGCACCUGUUGAUCCACCAGUGGGAAUGCAUUUGAACCAGUGUCAUCUGCACAAAGUUUUUUCUCUUAAGGUUUAUCAAGUAGAAGAUGUGUGUGAGGAAGAAAUGCCGGAAGAGUCAGAUGAAUGUGUCCGGAUGGACAGAACUCCCCCACCACCCACAUUGUCUCCAGCUGCUAUAACUGUGGGGAGAGGAGAAGAUUUGACUUCUGAACAUCCUUUGUUAGAGCAAGUGGAAUUACCUGCUGUGGCAUCAGUCAGUGCUUCAGUCAUUAAAUCUCCAUCAGACCCUUCACAUGUUUCUGUUCCUCCGCCUCCACUCUUACUUCCAGCUGCUACCACAAGGAGCAAUAGUACGUCUAUGCCCAGUAGCAUUCCCAGUAUAGAAAACAAACCUCCACAGGCUAUCGUUAAACCACAGAUUUUGACCCAUGUUAUUGAAGGCUUUGUGAUUCAGGAGGGAUUGGAGCCAUUUCCUGUGAGUCGUUCAUCUUUGCUAAUAGAACAGCCUGUGAAAAAAAGGCCUCUCCUGGAUACUCAGGUGAUAAAUUCUGUGUGUGUUCAGCCAGAGCUACAGAAUAAUACAAAACAUGCAGAUAAUUCGUCUGACACGGAGAUGGAAGACAUGAUUGCUGAAGAGACUUUAGAAGAAAUGGACAGUGAGUUGCUCAAGUGUGAAUUCUGUGGGAAGAUGGGAUAUGCUAAUGAAUUUCUGCGGUCAAAACGAUUCUGCACUAUGUCAUGUGCCAAAAGGUACAAUGUUAGCUGUUCUAAAAAAUUUGCACUUAGUCGUUGGAAUCGUAAGCCUGAUAAUCAAAGUCUUGGUCAUCGUGGCCGUCGUCCAAGUGGCCCUGAUGGGGCAGCAAGAGAACAUCUCCUUAGGCAGCUUCCAAUUACUUAUCCAUCUGCAGAAGAAGACUUGGCUUCUCAUGAAGAUCCUGUGCCAUCUGCUAUGACAACACGUCUGCGCAGGCAAAGUGAGCGGGAAAGAGAACGUGAGCUUCGGGAUGUGAGAAUUAGAAAGAUGCCUGAGAACAAUGACUUGCUACCAGUUGCACAAACAGAGCCAUCUAUAUGGACAGUGGAUGAUGUCUGGGCCUUCAUCCAUUCUUUGCCUGGCUGCCAAGAUAUCGCAGAUGAGUUCAGAGCACAGGAGAUUGACGGACAGGCCCUUCUCUUGCUAAAGGAAGACCAUCUUAUGAGCGCCAUGAAUAUCAAGCUGGGCCCGGCCCUAAAGAUCUGUGCGCGCAUCAACUCUCUGAAGGAGUCGUAACAGUAGCCUGACACUUUGAGAUCACAGCAGGUUUACUCUUCUCAAACUCAUAAGGUAAAGGCUCAAGUUGGCCUAGAAUAUUAUCACUUACUGUGGUGGAUAGCCCACCACAUUGGGAUCUCUGCAUCAAAAGCUGACAUUUCUUCUACAGAUAUGAAAAUUCAUCGUACAUUUUCAUAAUUAGUCAACAGUGAUGAAAUUAAUUUUACAGGUCACACACAACGUUGAAAGACUUGCUAUAGAGGGCCAUGAUAUUUUUCAAAGAAACGUGUUAUACUAGAUAAUUUUUUUAAAGGUGAUGUUUAUCAUUAAUAUAAAGAAUCCUUUUAAAAGUAAUUUAAUGAUUUACCUUUCUCCUCUUUUGAUUCAGUUUUCUUAGACAUUUUUCUACCCUAUAAGUUUGCUAUAGGUUGUCUUGUGAGAGGUAAUUUAGGAAUAAUUUAGUAGUCCAGUGACUGGAAUUGUAUGCAGUGAGCUAUCCGAGUGCAUUUUAAAAAACAUGUCUAUUAGACAAUGGCUAUGUCUAGAAAAAAGAUUGCAUUCUAGCAUGAAUAACACUGAUCUGGAAGUCAGAAGAUUUGGUUUCUAUUCCAAGCUUGACCAAGAAUUUGGUGUGACUGAGAAAGUUACUUUUCAUGUAAGUCUUUGUACAUUUAGAGCAGUGGUUCUCAAUGGAGGUCACUUUUGCUCCCCAGGGGACAUUUGGCCAUGUCUAGGGACAUUUUGGUUGUCAUAGCUUGGGGGUUGGGGGGGAGAGUUGCUAUUGGUACCUAGUGCUGGAGGACAGAGAUGUUGCUAAAUAUCCUACAAUGCACAGGCCAGUCCUCCACAAAAAAGAGUUAUCUGGUCCAAAAUGUCAGUAGUGCCAAGGUUGAGAAACUUUGAUGUAGGAGUGAUAAAUGCUGCUCUUUUUCACCCAAAGGGUUAUUUUGAAAAGAUAGGCCAUCAUAAGGAAUACAUUAUACAAUUAAGUGCUUCAGAUAGCAUUAAUGUUCUGCUGAACAUUUUUCCAGUUUUCGGCAUACUAGAAAAAGGAGGAAAAAUCAUUAAAUUGGCCUAAAAAAUAAGGACUAGUCUGCAAAUAAUUUGACUCUCAGAAAGUACUGAUUCAUAUUAAUUAUCUUUCACAUCUCUCUGCACCUCUGCAUUGAUGAAGGCACAUAUAAUUAUACCUUAUGAACCAGUGCACAGCCUUUGCUGGCAAGGCAAUCGUUUGUAGUGGCUAUGUGGUUGGUCCUGGGAUUUUUUCUGAAGUUGAACGUGCUGGGUCUAGCUAGAAUGCACAUUCCUUUUUCCUUGACUAAACCCUUGCAUACUUCCUGCAAAGCACUUACCAAGUGAUAUCUCUUGGAUAAUCAGAUCCAAUUUUGUCUGUACAUGUUUUAGGGAAAAAAAAUUUUAAAACAAAACCUUUUUAGUGUUCUCUGAGAAUUAUGACACUAAAACAAAAUUAUUCUGGGAGCCUUGAGAGCUCUGUAGUCCUGGACCUCAAAAAUUUGUUUUAAUUUUUUUUUAUCUUAUCUAUACCACAAAAUGGAAAUGUUUUAAUAAUUGAAGGAACAUACACAGAUAUUUGCCAGAGAUUCAGUAGGUAGGAAAGAGUCCAUGGGUUUCAGUCAUUGUCACUGCUCUUUUCAAAAGGAUUGUGUUGAGCUAGUAGAAGACUAAAGAUGUCAUUAAAGACAUCACAAAUAUUUAUCUUUUGGCUUUGUGUACAUUAGAGAAUGUUGAUUAUUUUUAUACAAAAAUACAGCGGGUAAUUUUUUUAAUCUUUAGAUGCCUCUUGUUUGAAUGUAUGCUUUGUGGGGUUCUUUUGUGUAGUAAUGUUUUAAAAAAAGAUGUUUACCGAUAGUUAUGUGUAGGAUUAGAAUGUAAUAUAGUGUAAGGCUCAUGUUCCAGACCUACAAUAGCUUGUAGUCUGUGUCACAUAUUUCUUUAUAUCACAUUUCUAAUUAUUGGAUUAAAGGAAAGGAUUGGAUUCAAGGAAAGGUAGGUACUCUGUAGUCAAUUUUCAUAUAUUAGCAGUUAAUCAUUGUGACAGAGUUGUCAUAGGCUUGACUGUUCCCCUCAUCUUGCAACUUCAGAGCACAAGUAUAGGCUAAGCAUUGUAGGAGAUGGCCCACUAUGUGGCGGAUGGGGGCACAAAGGAAAAUCUCCUCUGGAAUUAAAACUUGAUGAUAGAUAAUCCACAAACAGUUAAUACAAAAUUGAUUACUUAGGGAUAGACUCCUCUAGCAAUAAUGAUUACGUCCCAUAACUAAAUAUAAAUAUCUGUAGCCUCUAAGGUCAUAACUUUGAACUGUGCUGUAGGUUCUCCUUUUAUCUACUUCCUCUUCUCAUAUCAGUCAUUAUGUACUUCCUGAAAGUCCCUUGUGCCUAGCACUGUGUUAAGUGUCAAGAAAGCUUACAAGAGAGGUUUCCAUUUGAGAGCACCUUAUAUCUUAAACCUUUUAAUAAUCUUAAGAUUAGUCCAGAUCUUCUGUUGUCCCCACUGAAAACACCCAAAAAAUUGAGUUGUUUUAUUUAGAAAUGGCUCAUUUGCUUUCAAUUGGUAGUUUUAUUCAUUGAUGCAGCUCUUUCUUUCUAGAUGAUUUAACCAUCUUAAUUUCAAAGCUUCAGUUAGAUAUAGUGGAUGUAAAUAAUGGCCCUGGCCUGUCUCCUGAGCUUUAAGCACAGUUUUAGUGUGAUAUAGGUGGGGAGAGUGCUACUAUUUUCGUUUUCUUUCAUAUUACUAAUUGUUUUAGGAAUUUGAUUGAGGAGAGGGAGUGACAAGCAGAAAGGGGACAUGGGAAGUCCUUCCUUUUGCUACCGAGGUUGGUAUUUUCUGACUUCUUUAAACUAAUGCACUCUUUUCUCAUUGAGGGAAAAAACCUUAGAAAUUUGAGAUUUUAUUUGUUUUAAGCCGUGUGUUCUGAAGGAGGUAAACAAACCGAGAGAGCUGGUUUGUGAAGGUUAUUUUUUACAUGACAUGGCUUUUCAUCAAGCCUUGUGCAGGCACGUGUCGAACGCAGCUCUGCAGCUUUGAUAGAAUCAGUAUAGCAUGAGACAGUGCUGUUCCCAGCCUGCCGCUGUUUAAGUAGCAUAUAACUGGUUCCAUGAUGGUACUUUUAAUUUGCUGUGGCAUCUGCUAAACAGACUUUUUUUGGUCCCCGUUUGAGCUGUCACCUAAGAGUAGAGAAGAGGGGAUGGGAGGAAAGACAUGUCAGUGAAGAAGCUUGAGAAUGGGAGAGGCAGACACGAGACCUGCCACUCUGUUAGCUCAUCCACUUCAACACUGAACAAAUUUCUGCACUUUGGAAGUUAGUAUUCAUGUUUUACCUAGUUUUAAGUAGAAAUGAUUGUUUUUAGGUAGCUCAGUGUUUUAUUUUCGUUUCCUGGCGUGUUGAAACGCUUAGAACUGUAUGAAAUAAGUAUUGUUUUGCCCAUGCUUUUGAAUAUUUUUGACAUAGCUAAUCUUCAUAUAUCUAGUGUGGAAUUAUAGUCAGACAUUUAUUCAAAUACCAGUCUUAGUUUAAAAUCUGUCAUAGUGCCCCAUAGCACUGGAUUGUUCCCAUUAUUUGCAUUGGCAGGGUUUGGGUGCCACCAUGGCACAAGUAUGAUAGGGAGGCAAUACAUGGAUUGUAUUGACUUAUGUUGUGUUUACAUGUGCGUAAACAGUUUUGCAAAGAAAUGCGAAUGAUGCCAUCCUCACAGCCAUAUCAAAUGGAAAAAAUCCCUGGCUGGCACUGUUAAAAUGUUUUAAAGACAUAUUUUUAACCAGAACAGCCUGGUUAUAUUUUGUGGUUUGAAGAUCCUCACCCUUAGUGAAUGGCAGAAACACGUGCUGCCAACAUGCAACUGGCAUUGAGCUUUACUGACAGCACAGAAGGACCUCACUCACCCCUCACCAUCCCUAAAGCCUCCUCUAGCCCCAAGGAAACUCUGCAUGAAAACUUUCUUUAGACUUUUGGCUGAAAAUCCUUAGAGAGGAUUUUGUAGUAGGGUUAAUUUUAGGGAGGUAACUGGGACAGGACUUUCUAAUACCUAAUAGUCAUGUUUCAGUGAAACCUUUGCGCAGUAGAAACUGGCCCAUCUCUGCACAGUGUCUGCUCAGUCUGUUUCCUGUGCACCAUAUAUGUAACUAGCUGGGCCCUGGGGAAGGUAUUCUAGGGGGAAGGAUAGGGAAGUAGAAGAGGAGACAAAUAGGAGGGAAAGCAUUCGAGACCCAAGAGGAUAGUACAGUUAACUGAUUGAGGUCAUGAAGUAUAGAUAUGACCUUCAGUAGUUCAAAAUAAUAAAUUGUAAUGGUUGGAUCCCAUUAUCUUAUUGGAUCCCAUAAAUCUUAUGUCGAGAUUUACCUGUAAGCAGACUCAUUCUUUCACUCUUUUUAUCAAGUGAUCCUGCCCUUAGGAGCAUAUUAAUAGUUCAAGUGAUACAUAAGUUAGUGAUUUUUGACUUCUCAAAAAGGUGACAAAUAUAUUUGGAGAAUAUUUGUUAAAAACUCAAAGGUUAAUUGUUAUGAUUGAGUUAUCAGAAUUAAAGGGGAGAGAGAGUCCAUUUUCAGAUACCACAGUUGAAUCAAGCAUAUGGACUGUUAUAAAGAAAGGUGUUUUUAAGACAGGAUUUUGUUAGGUUGUGUCUCAGUCUAAACAUUGGAUGACUAAGAGCUACAGGUUUCUCUUUAUUAGUGUGGAUUUCAGUAAAGACAAGCCUACCUCCAUUUCUUUGAUGCACAGUAGUGUGGAUCAUGAAAUGAAUUGUUUAAUCCACACUCAUCAAUAUUGGUAUUUUAUGAAUCUAUUUAGAAGCAUUUGAUUUCAUCUUAAAAAUUGUGAUUCAAGUUAGAUAAGCACAAAUAACAGUAUUAGGAAAAGUAAAUAUGUAAUCUUACUAAAAUUUAAUUUCAACCUAUUAUAAGCUGUACAUCUUAAAAUUCUUUGGGAAGAUAUUCCUCUUUUGUUAGAAGUUCAUAAAAUGCAUCACUAUAAUUUCCUUCAUAGGAAAUUUCCCUCAUAGCAGCAAUACAAGCCAUUUCUUCAAUAAAAAAUGUUGAAAAUUGUAUUAUCUUCUUUGAAAAAAGUUUCCUAAAUUUUUAAGAAUUUUAAAGUUUUACAUAUUUUUUAGAGCUUAUUUAAUCUAUUUUAAAAUAAUACUAUGAGAAAGCUUUUUUUUGAAAUUGUAAAGCACUAAUACAAAUAUAAUUAUUGCCGUCAUAUUCCAGAGCAAACUGUUUGGCUGCUUCUGCUCUUUCGCUUCAGUACACAUGGGUGAGAGGGAGCGGCCUCCCCCCUCUGCUGGCUGAGGCCCGCUUCCCACACAGAGGCUCCGGGCUGCCCUCGCACAGGCGCACGUACCUCUGAAGCGCCAUGCUGAGGAACCUUUUAGGAAAUGUUUCCCACGGAUGUUGUAUUUUUCCCUUUGUAUAACUUGUAAACAUUUAAUUUUAUUUAAAGAUGACAGUUUUACUCUCAGAUCAGAUGUUGGAGAAGAGGUACAUUAGAAAAAUAUUUUUUCCUACUGCCUCUGAAAAGUAUAGUUGCUCUUGGUGAUAUUGGUGGCAUCAGUAUGAAUCCAUAGGAAGAAAACCUGUGCAAAGGUUUUAAAAUGUAUUGUUUAAAAGGAAAAAAUUUUAAUGUGGGAAAAAAUCAAGAUAAAUUUAAAACACUUAUGCUAACGUGGCAUACAUAGUUUUAAAUGUAAGAGUAAUGUAGUAAGUCCUUUUAGACCCUAACCUGUAUACACUGCCUCCUGUAAUCUUAGGAAUUGAUAGUAGCCAUCAUUUAUUUGCUUAAAAGUUAUACUUUAGGGAAUAUGAUCAGUGUUAAAUUCAUGUUUUGUGGAGCUUUGAUUGAUGGAGGUGAAGAAGUUGGUGUUUAUGAGAGAGUGGUGGGUCUGGUAGUGAAAUAAACGUCAACCUACUUUAGAAAGAAGAAACUUUUUUAGUCUUGCCUCAAGCAAACCAGAGUGACCACUGCUUAAAAUCUUUGUUUAGAAUGCCAUGUUAAAAAUCAUAAUCCUUUUUGUUUUAGGUAAUACUAAAUAGUCUACUUCAAUAGUUAAUAAUAGAUGGAAUAAUCAUUAAAUUAACAUGACGAAUAAGAUAGAACGCUGGCCAGGAGAUGGGUUUUACUCCAGUUGGUGAUUAGCUGUGUGACGCUUCAGGCAGUUACUUAGCUCUUAACCUCUUUCCUCUUCUGAGUUUACAGCAUGGACCCUAUACUACUCAAAAUGUGAAUUUUGGUUCAAAUCAUCUUUAAAGUGCCUCCUUGCUCUAAAAUGAUGAUUCUAGGCCACAUAAUGGGGUAUUUUUAAAGUUGCUCCUAUUUAAUUAAUUCUCUUUCCUUUUAAUGGUUCAUUUAAUACUUAAGAGCUUUUGCUGAAAGAUAAUUAUUUAUUAAGCAUGCAUUUCCUAGGGCACCUACAGUCUUUGUUCUCCUAAAGAUUAAGGUAGAAAAUUCAUACAGAUGAGCAAAUGAGGCCAUUUUUCUAAAUGCUUCUUGCUAGUUAACCUCUGUACAUAUGAACACAUAUGAGCAUUAUCAUUCAUUGACAUUUAUCCAUUCGUUUAGCAAACCAUUUGAACAUUUACUGUGUGGUGCACAUGACUUAAGGAACCUAGUAAUAAGUAAACAAAAUCUUCCCAAACAAAAUCUGGUGGCUUAAACAAACAUGGACAUAAUUAUUAUUACUUAAUGUACUGAACAUAAAGUUGGAACUGAGAGGGAAUUUUUUAUGCCUUGGGUAAAGGAUGAGGCAGAUCACAUGGAAGGUGUUUAAGUGAGUCACAUCACAAUUCCUACAACACAUUUCACAGUUGAACACCAGUCAACCGUAUAUCUGAUAGGUUACACAAUUAAGGGUACCUAACAUUAAGGAUUUACAUUUUGAAGCUGUUGUGACAGCCCAUAUUUCUCAGAGUUAUUUUGACACUUGAAUCUAUUCCAGAGGUUGCUAUGCACGGUGUGUGACAGAAUAGUACAAAGAAGCUGGUGCUGACUGACUUUACAUUUUUAACUACAAAAACUUUACACCCAGUAUUGACAGUGAAGUAACUUUAUAAAACUGAAAAAUCUCAAAGGAGAUCGCUGAACAGGUUUGAUUUUUAUUUUGUUUUUUUUUUGUUUUUAAAGCAAGAAAAAUCACACAAAAUAAAUUUUAUUGUUAUUACAAAUAUCUGCUUUUUAGAAAGCACACAUAUAUUACAUAGUAAAAGGGUUUCCUUUAAAACGCAGAACUGGUAAACAUAAAACAGUUCCCUGCUGGAAUUGACAAGUAUUUGAGGAGCAGACAUCGAUGGGAUAGAUUAUUAAUUGAGUAAAGGUUCCUUGCCUACUGGAGGAUUCUGUAAAUUACGUUGUAAUUCCUAUUGACACAGCUUUACAUAGUAAUAUCACUUGAUACUAAUGUUCUCCAUAAAGAUACAAAAUGAAAAUAUCUAAUAUUAUAAAGAUCUCUUCUCAUCAUAGUCACAGCUUUUUAAAGCAGGAAAAUGUCCAGAUACAUGUUAGAUUAGUGUGUGUAACAAACUGAUUGAAAAUUAGGAAUGUUGAUAUUCAAAUAACCAGAUAGUCUGGGUUUAAAAACUUUUUUCAUAGUACUGGGUAAAAUUAACUUUUACAAUGUUUUAAUUCAACUAAUUUUUCAAAUAUUUUAUGCUGUUAAAAUAUCUAUUGCAUAAAUACUUUUUGUAUUUGUAUUCUUAUAUUUUAAAAAGUCAACGAAGUGUGCAAAGAUGGUAUAAUUUUGGAUGUCUAAUUUCCAAGAUGUUUAACCAGAGUCCCAAUCACCUCAUUCAAAAGCAUGGUCUUUGUUUUUUCCGUAGGAAAAAAGUCAAAGUAAGUUCCAAAAACUAUUCUCAGAGUAAGGAGUGAGCUUGUGGUGAAGCCUGGAGUUGUAGACAGCAGUGUGCAGGGUGGGUACUGACACUGGGGCAGGCAUUUAUUUCAAGCCUCUUUGUUGAAUUCGUGCUUUUUGUCUUCUUGCUUGUUAAAAAAAAAUUUGUUGAUUUAACAAAGGCAAAUUGUGAUAAACUUUUUUUAAUUUUAAUUUUUGAUGCUUCAAGCACAUGUUAACUGAUUUUUAAAAAUUGCUCCUUUUGGUUCCUCGUAUUGUCCUAAAAUAGGACUUUCAUAUUAUUAAAACCUCAAAAGCUGAUCCUCCCAGGAUGAACAAAGCAUCACCAAGGGGAAAGAAAACAUUUUUUAUCUUUACAGAAAACAAAUGUUAAGAUUAUAUAUAGAUGUAUUCUUUACAUUGGCUAUUGUAUUCGAGUCCUCCUUACAGGAAAUGAAAUAGUUUUAGCACUCGUAGCAUUAGCGUUCCUAGAUUGGUGUCUGUAGCUGCAGUUUUAAAAUGUAUAACCUGAAAAUGAAGUUAAUUUUGCAUUAUAAGAGCACACCAUGAUCUAUGUAAAAAGAUUGUCCAUUUGGUGUAUUUUUUUAAAAAAGAAAAAGCACUUUCAUAUUAACAAGUAGCAUGUGUAUGAAUUUUAGAUUUUCAUAUUUGUUGUGUCUGUAUUCAGUGAAGUAAAAUUGAGCAUUCAGAUGUUUGUUGAUGGCAACAUUAACUGUUAAAUUAAAGCACCUUAUACUCUGCUGCUUAAACUUGCUUGUAAUUGCACCUUUGUUACCUGCACAUUUUCACAUAGAAUAUUGUUGUAACAUUGCUUCAUGUGGGUCUGGAUGGAGGUUAGUGGGCCUACAGGAUCAUUUAUUUAUAUUGUUUAUAUUACAAUAAUAUAUUGUAGACCAGUUGUAAGUUCAUUUCUUUACAAAUAAAAGCCUCUUCCAUUUGGCUGGUC